UUGCUUGUUUGUGGAGCCUGGUGCCGAGUCUGGUCACACGUCACCAAGAUGGUGGCCUCUAUGGCCUGUUGCAACGAAGCGACACAAAUAGCCUACGAUUUCUGCAAGAAACUUGCAUCUUAUAGAAAAUUUACAAAAAUGAAGAGAUAGAGUGUUUGUCCCUCUCCAAGCAUGGCAAGUUUUAAUGGAUUUGCGCUACUCUUUUGCAUUUUUUUCGCCGUAUUUAGGACAUGCUCUGUUGAAAAACCUGUUAGGAUUGCGAAAGCUUCAACGAUUGUUUCGUCUUACAAGAAAACUUCUCAAAAUCAAGAAAGCGAGAAUGUAUCUACCGAUGAAACAUCCCAGUUGCCAUCAGGAUCACCUGGGGAGUCAACAUCAUCAACUAUUCCAGAAGGACCUGUCUUCCCAUCCUCUUCCAAGUCAAGCCAAGCCGCUGACCUUACAAUAAUAUCAACACCAGAACUAGAGCUCCUGGCAUCUCCAACAGUUGCACCCGCCACACCCCAUGAGGACCUGGGGACAAUCUCGCCCUCUUUGGCUGUCAUUGCAAGUAGUAUAAUUUCUGUGAAGCCCGAGGAAGAAGUUGUAGAGGAAAUUGAGAAUUACAUAAUUCAGGUUGGAAAUGCAAGAAAUCCUGGGGGUGAUUCUAAUCAGCCCAAAAGCAAGCUGGAUGUUGUCCAAGGAGAAGCAAGUAAAAUAGAAAAUAGUGUAAAAGGCAGGAAUGAUAACAGAGCAACUGUUGAUAAAAAGUCAGACAUUAAUGAUUCCCAAACUGCAGACGAUAAACAAAAGUCUGAUACAAACAAUGCGGGAAAAGCCCAUGAUGUUGAAAAGGGUAGUGGUGGACAGAAGGUUGUUAUUUCCGUAGAGAGUAGUCCAAGUGUUAGUGAUGACCAAACUGUUUCUGAGAAGGCUGGUAUUGCUUUGGAUUCAGAAGGGGGUGUUAUUAAUGGUGAAAUUCUAGAAGGCAACAAAUCACAUACUGAAAAGCUAGAAGGCAAGAAAAUAGAGGAUCAGGAAGAGAAACAUGAGAUACAUUACCACAAAAAAGAUAAAGAAAGCAUUUAUCUGGAAAGCAAUAAAGAACAAAGUAAUACGGUAAUAACAACCUUAAAAGAACAUGGUAGUAGAAUCGCAAAUUCUCAGAAAACAGCUAAUGACAUCCAACUUCAGAAUUCUGACCUCGGGGAUAACGUUACUUUUAAGGAAAAAGAAAUCAAAAUAUCAAGUGAACAUGCUGUUGGGGAGACUUUGCAAGCUAAUAUUGUUAAAGUAGAAAAUGGUCAAAGUACCCAUGAUAAAACAGCAGAGAGUGAAAGAACUGUUGAUAAAGAGGGAUCUAGUGCAAUUCACAAGAACACAGAAGACGUUUUAAAGCUUAAGGAUGAUAAUGGACCAAAAGAAUUGCAAGCCAAACAGGAAUCACCAAAACCUGAUAAAACACAAGUUUCUCAUCCUGACAAAGCGGCUGGUACAGCAGAAGAACCGAAGAGUUCAAUGACGCCUGAAGGACGCACCCAAUUAGAAGAUAAGAAUACGUCGGAAGACAAGGAACACAUUUCCAAACCAGAAGAAUCCAUCGAGAGAAAGGAGCAUCAUGAAGAAGUUACACAUCCUGCACACAAAGAAGGGGUCAAACUCGAGGUGGAAACAGCUCCAAUGACAGACCAUGAAAGUGUUGUAGGAGAACCGAAGGGGGAAAUACAAGAAGAGAAAGAAAAGGAAGUCAAAGUAAGCACAACGGGUGAUGUCAAUGUCUCGGAAGAGUUUGUAGCUAAGAAAGUAUCUGAACCACCUGGUAAUACUGGUGAGGUAACAGGCGACUCAAAAGAAGACGACAGUCUGUCAACUGAGCUAAACCAGGCAGAUGACGAGACGAAAUCCUCCGAGGAAGACAUGCCCUCAUUCGAUGAAUUCAAGCGCCAAUUGCUGAAGGAAGAGGAGCAGAAGACCAAGCAGAAGCAGCAGGACCAGUUAGAAAACACCGCGCCUGCCAAGCCCAGAUCGCGCAAGGCCAAGCAGCGCAAACAGAAUAAUUACGCCUCUAUAGACUGCGGUGCGAAAAUCGUGCAAGUGAACCCAGAGGCGUCCAACCCUUUUACGAUACUCCAGGAAAACCGGGACAUCUACAUGCUGAACCCCUGCAGCGCCAAGAUCUGGUUUAUCGUGGAGCUGUGCGACACUGUCCAUGUGAAGAAGAUCGAGAUAGCUAACUUCGAGCUGUUUUCCUCUACACCGGAGAGUUUUAGAGUCUAUGUAAGCGGGCGGUAUCCGACGCGAGAAUGGACAAUGCUGGGCACGUUCCAGGCUAGAGAUGAGAGGGAUGUGCAGAGCUUUCCACUUGCGGAACCAAUCUACGCCAAGUAUCUGAAGUUCGAGAUGUUGAGUCAUUUCGGAUCUGAGCACUACUGUCCGCUUAGCCUGUUGCGUGUGUUUGGUCUAAGCAUGGUCGAAGAGUUGGAAGAGCACGAAGGGGAUGGCCAGGAUGACCAGGAAUCAGUCGACCAGGAUGACGAAACAGUGCAGAUUCUCCCCUCAGACCCUGCCGCUAAAGUAGGCGAUCAAACAGGCAAGCCCAACAUCUUGGCCACCGUCAGUGACACCCUAAUUAGUAUGGUUAAGGAGGCGGCAAAAAAGCUGAAAGGGGUAAUUAAGGAUGGAGAAGGAAAUGAUACUAAGGAUGAUCCUGGCUCUGAAAGUGAGGCCAAGAAUUCUGCAUCAUCUCCUCCAUCGUCUUCAGAAGGAAGCAGGUCUGAAACAAAACCGAGUAUUGUUACCCUGAUACCAAGCGACGACGAUGAAAAACUUACGGCUCCGUACGAGAAUAAGACAUUAAAUGCCUCGGAUGCUGUAGCAGGGGAGGGCAGCAAUGCUGAAGCCAAAAGUGGAUUUUGUAACCACGUCAAUGAUGAGCGAGUCAAGGAGCCAAAAGCAACUUCGACGUUCACUCGCUGUCAGCUUUUCGUCAAGAUGUUAGGACAUUCAAGUCUAGGGUGUUUUAUGGGUAGAAUACUCUACUCCAAGAAUAUGUAUCAAAAUUUCACGGCCUUAGAGGAAAUGGCUCGGGCUCGAAACCGUGCUAAGGUCAAGGCAAAAACACAUAGUGUACCAAAAUUAAAAGAUGAGAGUCAAAAAGACUCUGAGAAAAAAGAAGAAUUUGAAGAAGAAAAUCAUGAAAGUCACAAAAUGAAGCAAGGUGAUAAAGACGUAAAUAGGGAUCAAGGCGACAAAAACAAGAAUGUAAUUGAAAGCAAUAAUACACAGACUAAAGGUAUUGACCCCGCCUCGGUGAUACAACCAAGCGAGGUAGAGCCAGUGUUGGCCGGAACAAAAUCCCAAGACUCCAGCACACCAUCCUUGCCAUCCGUCUCUACUCUCAUCACAAAGCCGACAGAAGCCACUGAGACUAGAACCUUAUCUCCAAGCUCUGAUACUGCUACUCAAACGGACGACGUAGCUGGAAAAGGCAAGACUGAGAGGUCGGAAGAUAAGGUCGUAGAGGAAGAAAAGAAGGAAUUGCCAGAAGAGAAGAAGAAGUCAACAAACAGUGAACUAAGCACUUCUGCACUCGCAGUGGAUGGUGUAUGCACUAAGUUCCUAGACGAUGGCAUUGCCCCUGUUAUUCCAGUCCUAAGCACGACUUCUCAGUCCGAGUGCAAAGCGCCGACACCUGCCCCAGAUGUCGAUGUUCUUGAAAUUAGGCUUCUGGAUGGGUCAGGAAAGGAGGGUACAGCACAUCCUGAGAUAACCAAGAUCGAUACUGGGAAACCUGGAAAAGAUGACGAGAAAAAGGCCGAAGAUAUCCCCGUCGACGAAGGGAAUGGCAAAUCUAAUGAGACCAAAGAGGUCGAUGAAAAAGUCACAAAUGCUCAAGGCGAGCUAUCUUUAAGCGAAAGUAUUGUCACAUCAAGCUCUACCGAUAUCGCGGAAAGCAGUGCAGAAAUGUCCAGCUCAAAGGUAGAACCUGCCCAUCAAGAUGUGACCAGUCAGGUGGGCAACCCCCCAACGCCGCCUUCCCCACUCGAAGGACCCGCCCAGCCUGCAUCUGUCCCACCCAUCGCUGCUCCCCCACUUCAUGAGGAAUUAUCCGUCAGUAAGAUCAAAAUGGAAGAGGAAAAGCCAAGUGAGAAGUCGCUUGAAGAAUCUACAAUUUCCAUUAAUGGUAAUGGUAUGUCUAAGGAAGGCAAAGACAACACUGCCUCAAAAGAGGAAAAUGAACAAAGCCCAGAGAAGACCCCUGCUUUGGAGAAAUCUGAAGAAAGCGCAGAUGGCAAACAAUCUCAAGAAGCCCCAGGACUGGACCCAGCUGGAUCAAAGAAAUCACAAGAUUUCACCCAAAGUUCUAUGAAACCUCAAGAGGAACUCGUAUCCAAAGAAAACGAAUCGCGCACCGUGGCGGAAGAAAUACCUACGUCGCCGGGUCCAACUAAAACUGCACAUAGUGUUCCCUCCGGGCAACCUUCCAGUGGGGCCCAAAAGGAGUCUGUGUUGAUGCGCUUGACCAACAGGAUUAAGGCCUUAGAGACGAAUCUGACACUGAGUACGAUGUAUAUGGAAAAGCUGAACCAGAAGUAUCGCAAGAGCAUGGAGGAGAUGCAGAAGAGUUUUGACAAGAAAGUUUACUUGCUGAGGAAUGCCACCACGAAAGCAGAAGCAGCGAUCAAAAGUCAAAAGGAACAGAUCUCAAGGCUGCAAGCGAGGCUUAGUGCCAUGGAGGAGGCCAAUGAGAAUGUCAACCGCAAGCUGGACACCCUAAAUAAGGAGGUUAUGGAACGUCAUAUCAUUGGUCUCUUUCUGGAGGUUAUUCUCAUCAUAUUUGUCUUCGCGCUGUUCAGACGCUGGGAUCGUGCGCGUUACCAACAAUACGCUGCUCGGGAAUCCCGCGGGCUAUCCCGCGACAUUGCGGGACAACCUCGAGCCAGAUCACUUCCUUCAGUUCCAAGAGACGUUACGGGUAGAAUAGCAAAUGGAAGUCUAGUACGAUCAUACAGUGUACCGGAAGUUGUAGGAUCCAUGACCGGAAGUAUCGAUGAACUAACGAAGAAUGUAGGAUUACCCGAAUUGAAAAAGAAGAAACGCAAGCGAAAAGGUGCACCUACUCUGAACCACCUAACGGCUUCCACAACAAACACUAGCUCCUCAAACCACGUGAGCCUGGUAAAUCGAACCGCUGGCUUGCUAUUCAGCCCUGCUCGCGGGCUCAUCAAUGGUAUCUCAGAUAGAUGGAAACCGCAGACGCGCGAUGACAGCAGCCUCACGUCAGGUUCUCACCAGGUGGACGCUAGAAUGCUCCACAAGUCCAAGAGCCUUGACACUGUACCAGAGGACGGAAUGCUAAAUUAUACCUUUCUACCACCCUCUGCGCAAAAGAGGAAUCCCAUCCCCACCCCUCCCCCACCGCCGCCAACACCAAGCAACGCAUGGAGAAAGGGAGACCCGUCACACGUCAGUCAUAAGCGUUUACCAUGGCAACUGUCGUCGGAAUUUCAGCGCAAGGGGCGGGGCUAUGGCGGACAUAAUGGAUACCAGUUCGCCUGAUACUCGCCGCUCGGGUUUGUAGCCAACAUUUUGAUCUCAAGGGAUGCUACCAAUUUUAACUUUUCUUAAUUAUUACCACAAUUCCCGCAUUGGAAUGUACCUAUUUCGUUGGUUUGGGGUGGAUUUUUUCCGAUCAUCCCUGGCGACAGGCCUGCAGCUAUUUGUACAAUUUAAGUACAGUUUAUUUCUUAGAAAAUUGAAGGAAAUAGUUAAAAAAAAGUACUACAGUACUAAGCAAAAUGUGUAAUAGAAGUAAAUGCAAUAGAGGUUAAAAUAAAUAUAUUCAAAGAAA